CUGUACUGACCCGGAUGUGGCAGAGCGGCUCACCAGGGGAUCUAGAUGGUUGCACUUAAGGGUGGAACCAACCCACAGCUUCAAGGUCGGAGACACAGUGUGCAUCAGACAGCUGAAUAAAGCAAAGAAGGGAGGCUUCCCAUACGGUCCACCUACCGAAGUUGUGGCCAUCACUCGUACUGCCAUCCUCACAGCCCAGGAGCCCAUCUGGAUCCACGCAUCUAGGGUAAAGCUCUGUCCAAAGAGGGGUGAAGCUGGCUGUUUAGUCCCUUCUGAAACAUCUGUACCUCCAGUCCAGGACAUCUCAGACAACAGUUGUGCCUAAAGAGGGGUGAAGUGUUCAUAAAGUCCCUUCUGUAACACCUGUAGCAUUCUCGACUGCCAGUCCAAAGAGGGGUGAAGUUGGUCACACAGUCCCUUCUGUAACAUCUAUAUCCACGGUGACAUAUAUUGGAUUUGCGGGGAUAUGAAAAUCCGCAUUAGGCUAGAGGGACAAUGGUCUGGGGAAUGUGCUCUAGCAAAAGUUAUCAUGCCUCUACACAUUUUAGGUGUAGAUGACAUACACAUACACACUCACCGCACCUCCUCUCAUCGUACACGGAGACAGACUAAGGCUAUCCCAGGUAGUUUUGACCCCCAUGUAUACAUAGACGCUAUACGGGUCCCAAGGGGGGUCCCAGAUGAAUUUAAGGCCCGUGACCAGGUUAAAGCUGGAUUUGAAUCCAUCUUCCCCAUCAUAACUGCCAAUAAAAAUGUAGACUGGAUAAACUAUAUAUUUUAUAAUCAACAACGUUUUGUUAAUUAUACCAGAGAUGCCCUUAAAGGCAUUGCUGAGCAACUCGGCCCAACCUCUUACAUGACAUUCCAAAACCGCAUGGCCUUAGACAUGCUUUUAGCAGAGAAAGGAGGGGUGUGUAAAGUAAUUGAUGAUCAAACUGGUGGGUCUUGCUGUACAUUCAUACCAGAUAAUACAGGUCCCACUGGAAAAGUAACGCUUGCUAUUAAGAAAUUGGAAGAAUUAUCCAUUGAAUUAAAGAAAAACUCAGGCAUUGAUAACCCCUGGGAUAAAUUCUUCACUGGCUUAGGCUUCCUUGAGUGGCUAAAAAAUAUUGGUACCUUUAUUGUUUUCAUUGCUUUGUUUAUACUAUUCUGUUAUUGUUGUUUUAAGAUAGUUGUUUUCUGCAUUGCUAAACAUACACGCCUGCCACCCCCAACCCCUAUCUCCCAGUGUGCACAAUACCUACAGGUUCUACCACACCAACCUAAUCGAAAUCGACAACAUCGUCGAUACCAUCCUGCUAAUACCACAUACAAAAAUGUCCCAUUCCACUCCAGACGUUAGUCCAGUAGUAGUCAUUGUUAUGACUAAAGAGGGGAAUUGUCAGGGAACAUCACUUAUUUGUGUUGCACACUUUACCUAUGUACUUAUUUUACAUUAUCUAUAAUGUUAUGCACUGAUGUAUUUUUUCUGCACUCCAUUCGUAAUAUCAUU